UGCAGAGGAAUUAAAACGACCUGAAAGUCUGAGUUUAAUGCAAGAUAGGGAACGACCGCAAGGAUUAAGGAGCCUUGUAGAUCGGUCAGAAAGGGGUUGCCGAGACUCUGCUACCCAUGGGUCAUUGUCCAAUGCUCACAAUCAGAACCUUCCCGCAGAGGCUGACCCACCCAAAAGGCGAGAGCCCUUCAUGGAGUGGACGCGGAGGGAAGCGCAGCUGGCGGCCCUGCACUGUGAGGAGGAGAAGAGGAAGACGAAGCAGAUCCAGAAGGAGGCCGUUCUUGAUUUUGUCAAACUCAAGGCGUCCCAGAGUCCACGGAAACAAAACACGCUGGAGAACGAGUGCCCCUUUCCGUCCAGAAGGUCUCAGCACACUGACGAUAGUGCCUUGCUGGUGAGUGACGACCGAUCCACCAUCUCACCGAAUUCACCCACUUCUCAAACAGUUCACCUGUCUGUCCCAUAUCCUGGCCCAGCCGCCACCCCUUCCUACAGAGCAACUCCCCAGCGCCCCGAAAGCUUCCUUUUCCGAAACGCCACCAGAGAAGAAGCAAACAAAGCCGUCACGUCUGCUUCUUCACCAGCCCUGGUUAAUUGCACAGAUGACAUCAGCGAUAACCAUAAUUCCACCUUGCCGGAAGAAGACGUUUUGGUGAUAGAGCAACUGCGAAAAAACAUUGAAUCCCGGUUAAAAGUGUCUUUGCCGAGCGAUCUCAGCGCAGCCUUAACAGACGGCGUGGUGCUUUGCCAUUUAGCCAAUCACGUGCGGCCUCGUUCUGUCCCUAGUAUUCACGUGCCCUCGCCAGCUGUCCCUAAGUUAACCAUGGCCAAGUGUCGACGGAAUGUGGAAAAUUUCCUGGAAGCCUGUCGAAAAAUAGGGGUGCCUCAGGACAGUCUCUGUUCCCCUUCCGACAUUCUCCAGCUAAACCUCAGCAUUCAGAGGACUGUCGAAUCCCUCCUUUCUCUGGGCACAGACUCCGAAGAGCCUAAUCUGGUGCUACUUUCUACUCAACUCUGUGCUUUCGCUGCCUUUUACUGUACCCUGAUGCUUCUUGUCUGUGUGUUUUACCGCUGGGUCUUUUUCCUCUGAGAAAACAAACAAAACAAAACAAAAAACAAACAAACACGCACAACCUUGCCGGUCGCCCUACACCGGCUCCUCCGAAUAGGGUGGUGCACGCUUUGCGGUUUGCAGGAGACGGCGCGGGUUCAAAUCCACCCACGAACCUGCUCUGGGCGAGCUGGCAGACGAGUUAACGCCUCUAGAGCAGGGGUCGGCAACUGUUAAAUCCCCAAAGCCCAAAUCCUGCCUCCUCCUCUGCCUCUUGCAGGGAUGGCUGGCAGGUCUGGGACACGACAGCCGCGGGGAUGGUGCUGGCCACCCCUGUCCAGGAGACCCCAGCCUCUUCCCCUGUCCCCUCCAGGAGCUUGGCUGAGGCUCGGGGCUGACCAUCUGUCUCCAGCCAGCCAUAUUUCGCCUGCGGGCUGGAUUUGGCCAGCAGGCCACAGGUUGCUGACCCCUGAUCUGAAACCUUUGUAUAGUUUAAAAAAAAACAAACAACCCACAACCCUUGCUGUGUGACACCGGGAUGCUUUACGUAACGAAAAGAAAACGGGAACGCAUGGAUUUAUUUUAACUACACGACUAGAUAUUUUUGUAAAAUGGGAAGUUUCAGGUCCUGGAGCACAGGGUAGAGACGAUAAGGGAAAUUUAGCCGUCGGGGGGGAGAGGGAAAAACGCCAGCUGGUUUGUUAGGAGGUGAAGAUGCUUGGCUAUCUUCCUUUAGGUACCAUCCAGGGGUUUUUAUAUAUAUAUAUAUAUUUCUCGAGGUUUGAGCAGCUACAGGCUUUUCCAGAUUUUUUCCCCCCAAGGAAUAAAAACCACCCUUUUUUAAAAAAAAAAUCAAAGAAAAAGGGUUUUCAGGGACCUCUGCAUUCUCCUUUGUGUCAGCGUCUCAGCGCUGACAUAGAAAGGGAGAUAAGCCCUGGACUUUUGCCUGCUAAAUCCCUUUGAAGCUUGGUCUCCGUGGAAAUGAAGAGGGCGGGGAACAUUCCUGUGAAAUGACGAGACAAGAAGUCAGGAGAGUGACUCGGAAGAUAGCCAAUGAGAAGCAGAGAAUUGGGGAUCGGAAAGGGAGGGAUUGGGGGGCAAAAGGUCAGUCUUGUCCGCCCGAGUCAUGAUCCGGUUGCUGUACUCGAAUAAAGAGAAGAUUUCCUUAAAGAUUGGCAGUUUGGAAAUUCAUUUAUUUUGAGAUAGCAUCGAAGUCUGACAGACGGACAAGACUGACUUUUUGCCCCCCCAAUCCCUCCCUUUCCGAUCCCCUUCUCCUGGUGAAUGUCCCUUAAAAGAGAUUCAAACGUGUCUCUGGACACCCCAACAUUGAAAUGAUAGCAGAUUUUUAGAGCUGGCGCAAGGGGUCUCUACGGGGACUUGAGCACAAUGUUAGAAGAGGGAACUCCUCAAAGUGGGGCUUUUUUUAAAACAAACAAACAAGCAAACAAACCCCACACAAUUUACAGAGGCCUCUUCCUUUUCCCCCCACACUUGGCUAAUUACUCAGGUAGGAAAAUAUUUCUCCAAAAGAGCACAACCUGUGAAAACUCCCGGCCAGCUCUUGAGCGUUGCCUCCGGGGAGAGAAGCCCUGGUCUCCGCCCUGAAAUCCUGGCUACCUUUGCACAGCUAUGCCAGCAUCUUGGUCAGUCCAAGACAGCCCUUUAAAUUUACCUAACAGGUAUCUCGAAGAAAUGCAGCCGGUCCUCAGUUUACGACCAUUUGUUCGGCAACCCCGGGACUUGUCCCACCCCGGAGGCUCUGCAUAACAACUGCAGCAAGGAGAGUGCCCGGAUUGUAUGGGUGCCUUCCUUCAUGACGGCAACAACUUAACGACCGUAAUUCUGGGCUCUUAUUGUGGUCAUAAGUCGAGGACUACCAGCCCAGGAGGCUGCAGGGCACCCCGUGUUCUAUUUCAAAGCUGGAGGAUUUUCCUGUGUGGUUUCCCACAAAAAAUAUUCCAGCGGCAUCCCAUCGAAAAUAGCAUUUCUACUAUCUAUGAUCUGUUUAUAUCUGUCUUUUUCAUCUUGGCAAUCGCUGGCUGGGGGAAUUCUGGGAAUUCUUGAAGUGGCCAAGUUUGAAAAACAUGUGAUUUUUAUAUUUCUUGAGCUGUUCGGAUGGAGAUCAAAACCAAUGCAGGUAGUCCUCGACUUGCAACGGUUCAUUUUAGUGACCGUUUGAAGUUACAACGGCACUGGAAAAAAGUGACUUGGGACCGUUUUUUUUUUUCCACACUUACGACCAUUGCAGCAUCCCCCAUGGUCACGUGAUCAAAAUUCGGACGCUUGGCAACCGACUCGCAUUUAUGACGGUUGCAGUAUCCCGGGAUCACGUGAUCCCCUUUUGGGACCUUCUGACAAGCAACGUCAAUGGGGAAACCAGGUUCACUUAACAAGCGUGUUACUAACUUAUCAACUGGUCAUUUGCUUAAUAACUGUGGCAAAAAAAGGUCAUAAAGUGGGCCACAAUUCACUUAACCAAUGUCUCGCUUAGCAACAAAAAUUUGGGGCUCUAUUGUGGUUGUACGUCGAGGACUACCUGUAUGUCAAGUGUACAGGUGGUCCUUGGCUUACGACUUGUCGCUUAGCGACUGUUAGAAGUUACGGCAGGCCUAUCUUGGGCCUACUUACAACCAGGUUUCCAAAUUCUGUCCCCCACUGGCCAAAUGCCUGAACUGUCUUGCUUAGCGAUGGAAAUUUUGAGCGCAGUUGUGGUCGUAAGCUGAGGACUGCUUGAAUUUCCCCCCUUUUCGUUGCUUCAGUCUGCUCAGCUCUAUCGGCUUCCAGGCUUGCCCAGAAUGGAAACCCUGCUUGACUUGAAGGCAUCCCAAACCUAAGCCUCUGUUCCCCCCCCCCCCAAACGGGGAGGGGUGACAACUGCGGGGGUCCAGUGGGACGAAGGCUGCUUUAAAGCAGGGAUUUCCAACUCCCAGAAUUCCCCAGCCAUCAAAGCUUACUCUCUUGUAAUCCCUUCCUCUGCAAUCUCUCCACUGUAAGAGGUUUAAGAGAAAAAGAAACCGAUACGGCUCACUGGGGAAUUCUGGGAGUUGAAGUCCGCCAGGCUUAAAGUUGCCACGGUUGGAGACCCCUGCUUGCAAGGGCUUUUUGACAAGAGCAAGCCCUCACUCACCCUGGCCUUAACACCGGCCUCUGCUUGGAGAAAUUCUCCAUAUUUUGGCAGCCUUGCCGAAAAAUUUCUCCUCUCCACACUCGGCCUCUGAUGCUCAGGUUAACACCAGGCUGAGCCUUCUCAGCCUCAUAAAGGAGAAUAUAUUCGUAGCUCAGGGUUGAAAUGAGGGGGUCCUUGGUGCUCUCUGAGCUUGGUUGUUUCCUUGCAGACCUUUCAUUACCCAAACCGGAGUGGUGCGGUGGCCUAGAGGUGGCGCUCUUGCCUCACAAUCAGGAGGCUGUGAGUUCAAUCCCAGGUAGAGGCAGAUUCUCUCUCUCUGGGCACAAUGAGAAUAGAUCUGCUGAACAAAACUCCGCAUCGGCGACAGGAAGGGCAUUUGGCCAGUAAACACUCUGCUAGCUCAAUUCAGUUGCCCAGAUUCCACCCUGCAAGGAAUUAUGGGGUUGUUAAAAGAAGAUGAUGAUGAUUUCAUUACCCAAACUAGCCAACCUAAAUCUUCUCCCCUUUUUAAAUGUAAAUUUUAAUUUGUUUUUAAAUUAUGGGGUAUUUUAAAUUUGUUCAGCCAAAUUAUCUAAUUCGUUUUUAUUUUAUUUUAAAUUUUUGUAUUUAUGUGUUUUAUCUUGUGGCUGUUCACCGCCCUGAGUCCUUCGGGAGAAGGGCGGUAUAGAAAUUUAAUAAAUAAAUAAAAUAAAAUAAAAAACCUCAUCAGGGCUGUAUAGAUACAGAGAACAAAGCCCUCCCUCUUCUAACACUGAUGAUGUUCCCUAGUUGGGUAAUGAAAUGUCUGCAAGGAAACAUCCCAGUUCAGGACCCCGACUCAGCCUUUUAUUGCCCUGUGGUGCUUUAGACUUUCUCAGGGAAUCCUGUUGCUCUCUCUAGGCAGGGAUCUGGAGGCUCCGGUAAUUGUCUUUUGCUCAGCCAAAAGGACAGCCCUGCCUGGAUUGUCCUCCCACGGUGGGCUUCAAUCGCAGGAGACCCUCUCAGGGCUGGCCUCUCUGUUCAUCCACUCUCUUUCGCUGGCAGAUAGAAGCUCAGCCAAGCAGGAGCAGCGAGUCUGCUCCGUUUCUCCUCUUGCAGAGAUGUCCACGUUUACAGCAAACUGACCAUCGGGUCCCACUUGAACCUGCAAACAGGAUCGUACUGAUAAAACAGGAUAUUUGUAGCUCAGGCUUGAACUGUUGGUGGUCUCUGAGCUGAGUUAUUUCCUUGCAGAUGUUUCACGACCCAGCUGAGGAAUAUCAUCAGUGCAGAAAGGAGGAGGAGGAAGAGGACUACUAUGGGGUCCUUGGUGCUCUCCGAGUUUGAUGCUUUUCUUGAAGACAUUUCAUUACCCAACUAGGGGAUAUCAUCAGUGGUAGGAGGAAGUGGGCUUUGCUCUCUGUUUAUGUACCAGCAGCUUGCUUACAGACAGCAAACCCCUCUCCCUUCUAGCUCCUGAAAUCUAGGGUGGUUGGCCUCUUACCACCAGGCUGUUCCAUUGACGUUGUUUGACACCAUUGAAGACAUUUCUUGACCCAACUAGGUAACUGCAUCAGUGUUAGAAGGGAGCAAGGUCCACUCCCUUCUAGCACGAUGGUGUUACCUACCUGGGUACUGCAUGAGAACAAUCGAGCUCAGAGCAGCACCAAGGACUUGAAACCCGCCCGUUACAAACAGUUGCAAGGGAAUUCAGUGCAAACCUAUUCUACAUUAACCUCCCUAGCGUAAUUCCUGAAUUGCAUUAUUAAUAGACAUUUAAUUAUUUGGGAUGUUUGACGGCCACUGCUGCGUCAAUGGGAAGCUUUUAAGGAUUCCCCGCAUGGUUGUGCAGCUGAUAAGACUUUUUUUUUUUUCCUGCAUAUCUCUUGCAUAUGAUAUAUUUCUUUUCCGAGUUGGAUGCUUAGCUCCGUAACGAUUUAUUCUUGCUAGCGCUUGUAAGCUGAAGCAGGCGAUCUUGGCUUAUCUGGAGCUGGCUGAACCAGGCCUGUUGCUCUGCUCUGUGUUUUCUCCCAUUGGCUCAUUCAGUUGCAUUAGUUUUCAAUCCGGAUUUAGGAUUUGUUGGUUUUUUUUUUUUCUGAAGUCACAUAGCUCAGUGAGGGCUGACUUCGCUUCCUCAGCUUGGUGCCUGCCCUGCAAUUUGGAAAUUGCACAAGAGUAAUCUGUGGAAGAUAGCUGCCUCCUGAGGUCAGGCCUGGGUACUUAGAAAUCACCUCCAUGAUUGGAUCUGUGCUACCCCAAACUCUAGAUUACGCAAGGGUAGUGGAUAAGGGUGUAGAAAGAACCAAUCUGCAUUGCCCAGCCAGCUAAGAAAAAAAUAGGGCAAUGGGCUAGUUAGUUAGCUAGCUAGCUAGUUAGUUGCAGGUAGUCCUCAACUUAACAACAGUUCAUUUAGUGACUAUUCAAAGUUACAACAACACUGAAAAAAAGUGGCUUAUGAUCCUUUUUCACACUUAAGACCAUUGCAGCAUCCCCGCAGUCACAGGAUCAAAAUUCAGAUACUUGGCAACUGGUUCACAUUUAUGACGGUUGCAUUGUCCUGAGGUCACAUGAUCCCCUUUUUACGACCUUCUGACGAGCAAAGGCCAUGGGGGAGUCAGAUUCACUUAACAGCUGUGUUCUAAUUUAACAACUGCCGUGAUUCACUUAACAAAUGUAGCAAGAAAGGUCGUAAAACAGGGCAAAACUCACUUAAGAAAUGUCUCAAUUAGCAACAGAAAUGUUGGGUUCGAUUGUGUUCGUAAGUUGAGGACUACCUUUAGUUAAUUAAGGUUAGUUAGUUAGUUAGUUAGUGUGUGUAUUUUUUGGAGUAUAAGACACACCUUUUCCCCCCAAAAAAGAAGGUAAAAAUCUGGGUGCGUCUUUCUCCGAAUAUAGCCCUGCCCAGCUUCUCAAACUGAGGUUUCAGAGGCUGAAAAAAGCAUCAGAAACGAAGCUUCAGAAAAGAAGCCCCCAAACAGAGCUUCAGAGGCUAUUUUUCUGAAGCUGUUUUGGAGACUUUCAGAGGCAGGAAAAGAAGUUUUUUCUGAAACUGAGGUUUAAAAGUUUCAGAGGCUGAAAAAAAAGCAAGGCACAGAGCUCACAACCAAGGAACCUGUUGCUAAAAUUCACCUCUGGAAACAGCUGAUUGGGGGUAUUCCGGGAGGCCGAUCCACCCACCAAUCAGCUUUUUGCUUAUUUUCCUCCCCAAAAACUAAGGUGCGUCUUAUACUCCAAAAAAUACAGUAGUUAGUUAGCUAGCUAGUUAGUUAGAAUGCUGCCCAUCUGGCUGUCAGGCAACUCUAGGCAUCUUACAACAAGAUUAAAAACAAUAAUACAUGUCAGGCACGACCGACCAGACCCCCACCCAUGUAGAGUUCAAACUAGCUACUUUAUUGUUCUCUGCCUAUAAUACAGGAAUCUUCCCAGCUUUUGCCUGGGAAAAAUGAAAUACAAGGCUCAAAGGCAUUCGGAGGUCCUGUCCAGCAUAGCUGGCUGAGGAAUUCUGGGAGUUGAAGUCCACAGGUCUUAUUCAAGCUUGGAUACCCUGCCUUAAGCUAAGAACCAAACCCCUUUUACGGUUUACCACAGGGUCCUCUCAGAAAUGGUGUAGGGUCUGCUUGAGCCGGGUGGGGGUUGGACUAGAUGUCCUACAGGGUCCCUUCCAACUCGGUUAAUCUGUAUCUAGCCUGGCUAAUGGUGGGAAGGAGCGGAAGGAGGCCCAGAGACCAUGGGCCUCUGAAGGGGGUCUCAGUUUGUUUAGGCUCAGCAAAGAUUCAAAUUGCAUGUUCAGUUUUCCAGGAUUGCUACUAAGCUAAUGGUUCCCAACCUUUUCUUCACCACGGACCCACCUUUAAAUACCUUUUGUGGCCACGGCCUCUCCCCCCCACCCCGAGACUUAACUCAAGGUUUAAAUCAUAACCUUUUUUU